GGCGCAAAGCUACACAGAGAAACCCUGUCUCGAAAAACAAAAAACAAAACAAAAAACAAAUCAGGACUUUGUAAGAGUCCUUGACUAAUACUGUCAGUGACUUACUCAGCUUGAAUAUAUAUUCACGUCUCCUGAUUCACAAAGGAAAUGGUAGACCUCAAGUGAUAGAAUCAGGUUCAGUGUGAGCCCACUAUAGUAAUUAUAUCUAUAUGUUUACCAUGAUUGUUCCUCAGUGAUCCCAUAAGUGCAAAUCAUAAUCUCUAAUUCAUUACAACAUGGUUAGCAUAAACAUAUAUUUUCAAAUAUGCUCAAGUAUGAAUAUUGUUUUCUACUGUUGACAAUCUUCCUGCUGUACCACUGAAAUAAACGUGCAAAAGUAUAUAACUUGGUAAAGAGCACAGCUAUUAGACAAAGUUUGUAUUAUAAAAUCUUUUGUAUUAACAUUUUUAUUAUACAAAAUAAUGGAUCUUUAAUGAUACUUUCAUGAAAGCAGACAUACGUGCAAACACACAAACAAGCAGGCAUAUAUAUGUAAAGUACUUUAUUCCACGGCAAAUUUUCUGAGUCUAUCUAGCACCAAAACUUUCGGAUGUUUUUUCAGCAGAGAAACAAGACAUUGUUACUGUCCCAAGUUUUUGAUAACAUACUUAAUGUAGUCUAAAGUUUCUUGAGGUAAAACUUCAUUUCUGAAUUCCCAUUUUCCCUGUGUGUUCUCCUGCAAAGCUCUGAGUAGAUAUAUAACACUUUACUAGUACUAUAGUGCUCGUAUGAGGAGCUAGGGACUUUUUCAAACUCUCAGGUUUCAUCAUAAAGAGGAUUACAAUAGAUUUAUUGUACAUAGGAAGUGAGUUAUGAAGUGUUUUCUGUUAGGUAUCAUUUUAACACAGAAUCUUUCCUGAAAAUUUGGUGUUGGUGGAAAAUAACACUCUUGCUUGAAUGAACAAAUUAUUUUUCCGAGCCCAGGUUUUCCCAUAAACUCAGUAUUCCUUGAAGAGUUAUUGAUUUACCUCUUGGCUUAUGAAUCACUAGUAAGACUAAAAGAAUCAAAGGAAAAAUUAAAAGUAUAUACUUCAAAGUGAGCAAUGAGCUAAAUGUUUUUUUUUAAAUCCUCUUUGAUUGACUAUGCUUGAAGUCCAAGAAGAGCUCUGUAGCCAUUAUUUGAAUAAUGUCAAAUCCUUCCCCUGAAAAUAUCAAUUAUUAAUAACAAGGUAAAAUAUGAACAUAUUUUGUAGGCAUUCAUGUACAUUAUAGUUCUGAGAACUUAUAUUUACAUAUUAUAAUGUUUUCAUAGUUAAGCCAGUAAAUACAUAUAUUUAGUCUCAAGGUCAUGCUACUGUGCAACCCAGAUCAAUUUCCUGGUAUCUUAAGGAAUGAAAGAAACAAGUAUCAAUAUCUGCUACCUAGAAUAACUGUAUAAUUAAUUUUUAAUUUUUCUUGUGUGUAUGGGUGUUUUGCCCACAUGUAUGUCUGUGUACUACAGGCCUGGUGUCCAUGAAGGCCAGAAGAGGGUGCUGGAUUGACUGAAACUGAGGUUACAGGGAGUUGUGAACGAACAGGGUGACGUCUUCCUUAACCUGUUUGCAACACUAUCCGUAUUCCUUGCUACAAACAUCAUGCCUCGUGGCCAGAAGAGCAAGCUCCGUGCCCGGGAGAAGCGUCGCCAGGUCCGUGCUCAAAAUGCACUGGAGGAACAGGCCUCUCCAGGUCCUUUCUAUGAGUAUCCACAUCAAUCUAUUCCUGAUACUGGUAUGCCUACAACUCCCGACAUGCUGCAAGGAGCGCACUGUACCAUUUCAGACACUACAGGUGCCCGAAACCAAGAUGAGAAAAGUUCAGAUGACUCUGAUGACACUGUGGCCUGGAAUAAAGAUCCUAUAAACCGCAAAGUAGUCUUACUGGUGCAGUUCCUGAUGGAUAAGUAUCAAAAGAAAGAGGUUAUUACAAAGGCAGAUAUGCUGAGAUCUGUUGUCAAAACAUCAAAAAGUGACUUCAGUGAGAUCCUAAAGAGAGCCUCAGAGCACAUGGAGCUAGCUUUUGGUGUUGAUCUGAAGGAAGUGGAUCCUAUCAGGCACUGCUAUGCCCUUUUCAACAAACUAGAACAUACCUUUGAUGGAGUGCAGGGUGAGGAAAAUAUGCCCAAUACUGGCCUAUUAAUGAUGGUACUGGGUGUGAUCUUCAUGAAAAAUAACUGUGCCUCUGAAAAGGAUAUCUGGGAUGUGCUGAAUAUGAUGGGCGUCUAUGCUAAUAGAAAACACUUCAUCUACGGAGAUCCUAAGAAAGUUAUCACUGAAGAUUUGGUAAGGCUGAAGUACUUGGAGUCCCGACAAGUGACCACCAGCAAUCCUCCAUCCUUUGAAUUCACUUGGGGUUCCAGAGCCCAGGCUGAAAUCAGCAAGAUGAAAAUCCUGGAGUUUUGGGCCAAGAUCCAUGAUACUACACCAGAUGCCUUUGAAGCCUUGUAUGAAAUAGCUGUGAAAGAUGAGGAAGAAAGAGCUCGAGCCAGGUCUGCAGCCAGGGCUCGCACUGCUGCUAUGGCCAGUUCACAUUCAAAAGCCAACACCAGCAGCUCCUCUCAGGCUAAGUAAUAGCUAAGGCUAUUUCCUCACUAUUUGUUCGUAAUGGUCUGUCAGCUACCUAAUAGUGAAGGGUUAUUAUGGGCUGAGAGGAACAAGUGCUUGUAUUUCUUUUCUGUUGUAUAUUAGUAACUUCCAGGUUUACCUUUUUCUCUCUUUUAAUUCUAGGUUAUAUUUUAUAGAUUGAAGUCCGAGGAAAAUUUCCUAUGUGGAAAUUAAGGACAGUGAAUAUUUUAAGUAGUAGAUGGGCAGCAUAGGUAUAGAAGGAGCACAAUGAAUAUCAUUGCAUUCCUCUGCCAUAUUUGUUACUUUAAAUUUCAUUUUGCUUUUUGUGUAAUAUUUCAGAUGUUUCUUUCAAUUGGCUUCAAUGCCUUUAAAUGUAAAAUUAUUAAUGAGUUUGCUUAUACAUUUUCUGCCCUUGAAUAGUUUGAAGCUAUUCUGGGGAGAGAGGGUCACUUUUAUUUAAGGGUGUGGCCACUGGUGAGUUCUCCAUGUUCCAGUGGAUGAACCCACACCUACACCCACAUGGGUAGCACUAACUGGACUUUUUUUUUUUUAAAAAAAAAAAGAUGUAUGAGAAGAAAGGGAGAAGUCUACAUCAGUUUGAAUUUACUAGUCUGUUCAGUCUUAGGGUUUUGUUGGCUCAGUGACUAAAAUCUGAGUCAAAACAUAGUCAAUGUCAAGUUAAAUAAUGAGAUAGCAAAACUGGAAAAGAAAAUAAUAAGAGGAUAAAUACUUAGUGUUUGGUUUUCUUUAUUUCACUUUGUUUCAUACAAAUAAAGUGUAUAUACUUUUAUUUGUUUAUC